AUGAGUAUUAGUAGCAAAACUGUGCUAUGUACAUACUUCACGAUCGCCGUCAUGUGCUGUUUAUUGCUUAUCAAAUGGCAAUGUAAACCUUGUGGUCGACCGAUGGCAUCAACCGAACAAAUAUCAACUACGAGAAGUGUAUCGAGAAAUGCGUCUAACGUUCAUUCAAUUUGGAUAAGAAAAUUUCACGAAAAAGAAUUUAAAAUCUUCUCACAAAACGGUGAAGACGGAGUGCUUCUAUGGAUAUUUGCUAAUAUCGGUACUGUGAAUUCUCCACCACGCUUUGUUGAAUUUGGUACUGAAAAUGGUAAUGAGUGUAACACACGUUUCCUUCGACAACAAUUAGGUUGGGAAGGUUUGAUGAUGGAUGGAAAUCACGAUAUUCCAUCGAUAAAUCUUUAUAAGGAAAAGGUAACAGCAGAAAAUAUAAAUCAACUAUUGGAAAAAUAUCAAACACCGUCGUUAAUAGAUCUUUUAUCGAUUGACUUAGACUUUGAUGAUUACUAUGUAUGGAAAUCAAUUUUACAAGCAAAUCGUUAUCACGCACGUGUUGUUGUCAUUGAAUAUAAUUACUUAAUUCCACCAAAUGAAAAUCGUGUUGCCGAUCCUUUUCAAGACACUCGCCGAUGGACAGGUACGACACAUUAUGGUGCGGGAAUUCUAGCCAUGGCUGCACUCGGUCGUGCUUACAAUUACACAUUAGUUUAUGCUGAAAAAAAUGGUGUCAAUCUAUUUUUCAUUCAAAAAGAUAUACUUCUCAAACAAGAAAUUCUCGGCCGAGUUCCAUCAGUUGAACGAUUGCAUGUAAAAAAGCCUCAAACCGGUUGGAGUCAUCGUGUUGAAGUAGAUAAGUCACGGCGAUGGUUAUGGAAUGAUACAAUCUGGAUACCAGACUGA